AUGUCGGACGAGCCCAGGAUCUUCUCCCUCGUCGGCCAGGGCCUCAAGCUGGAUAGCAAGGCCGAUAUCCAACCUCACCUCGACAAGCUCGAACAGAUCGCCCACCUCGAAGAAAUCCACCUUGGAGGUAACACACUCGGUGUCGAGGCAUGCCAGGCGCUUGCCAAUGUAUUGAAGACCAAAAAGACGCUCAAGGUGGCCGACCUUGCCGACAUCUUUACGGGGCGGCUCAUCUCGGAAAUCCCAGAUGCUCUCAGGGCAUUAUGCGACGCUCUUACCGACCACACUAGCCUCGUAGAGCUCAACCUCUCGGACAACGCAUUCGGCGGACGAUCGGCUGAACCCAUGGUCAACUUCCUGAAAAACAACCACAGCUUCUCGGUGCUCAAGCUCAACAACAACGGCCUUGGCAUCACAGGCGGUACCAUCGUUGCUGAAGCGCUCUACGAAGCCGCGCAAAACCUCAAGACCAAGGGCCUCGAGUCGAAACUGCGCACCGUCAUCUGUGGACGCAAUCGACUCGAAAAUGGCUCGGCACCCGUUUGGGCCAAAGCAUAUGCAGCUCACGGAGGGUUGCUCGAAGUUCGCAUGUUCCAGAACGGCAUCCGAAUGGAAGGUAUCGAGGCCAUCAGCAAAGGACUCGCUUCGUGUCCUAACCUCGAAGUGCUCGACCUCCAAGACAACACGGCGACGCUGCGAGGAUCUCGUGCCAUCGCCGCUUGCCUGCCCAAGUGGCCCAAGCUCAAGACGCUCAAUCUCUCAGACUGUUUGCUCAAGCCCAAGGGAGGCGCGCUUGUGUUUGGUGCACUCGCCAACGGCAGCAACCCUGAGUUGGAGACGAUCCAAGUGCAGUACUGCGAUCUCGACCGCAAGGUGCUCGACCAAUUGGGCAGCGCCAUCGAGCUCCAUUUGACCAAGCUCACCAAGCUGGAUAUCAACGGCAACUGGGCUGACGAGGACGACGAGUGCAUUGAAAAGAUCAAGAGCGCUCUGGCCAAGCACGACCACGAGGAUGCUCUGCAGGAACUCGACGAGAUGGACCCCGAAGGCGAGGAGAGCGAGGCGGAAGACGAGGACGAGGACGAGGACGAGGAUGAGGAGCACGAACAAGACGACGCUGAGGAGGGCCAGGCCAAACCCGACGAGACUGACGAGCUCGCUGAUGCACUUGCAAAGACCUCGGUAGCGGACGAGAAGUGA